GGGGCGAAUUUUAGGUGCGGUGUGGUCACAUUCGAAUGCCUUCGAGUCAAGGAUACAGUAAAGUAGCGUCGGAACCUCCGAUCGAUCCAGCAGACGGAACAGUCAGUAUGCCGGACGUUGGGAACGUUGGAAGCGGUUCGGCAACCGCCAUGAUGCCUGCCACCGGCGGUAUACAGUCCAAUCCGGCUGGGAAAAUACCGGCCACCAACUCACAGCAGCGCCUAAUGCCCACCGACUCCGACUCGGUGACAUCGUCGAUGGACGAAGGGUACGGGGGUACGGGCACGAGAAACUCGCAGGAUGAAGAUACGGAAACGGUCACGACAACGAUCGGUGCGACUGCGUGGUUCACGGUGAUCGUUUUAUGUUUCGUCAACCUCAUCAACUACAUGGAUCGGUUUACGAUUGCGGGUGUAUUGACAGAGAUACAGGACACCUUCAAGAUCGGUGACGACGAGGGUGGCCUCCUGCAGACAGCGUUCGUGCUAUCCUACAUGCUAUUUGCACCGUUGUUCGGCUACUUGGGCGAUCGGUACUCGCGGAAAUGGAUAAUGGCGCUCGGUGUUACGCUCUGGAGUACGACCACCCUGGCCGGAUCGUUCAUGAAAUCGUUCGGAUGGUUCAUCACGUUCCGCGCACUGGUCGGUGUUGGUGAGGCGUCCUAUAGUACGAUCGCACCCACCAUCAUCUCCGACCUGUUUGUGGGCGAAAUGCGCUCCAAGAUGUUGGCCCUAUUUUAUUUCGCCAUUCCGGUUGGAUCUGGUUGCGGGUACAUCGUUGGUGCGAAAAUGGCAAGCAUUAUGGAAUCGUGGCAGUGGUCGCUGCGUGUGACGCCUGUGCUUGGUGCGAUCGCAGUCGCCCUGAUCAUUAUGCUGCGGGAUCCUGAGCGAGGGCAGAGCGAAGGUACCCACCACAUUCAAGCGACCUCAUACAGAACGGACGUGGCUGCGAUCGUACGAAAUCCUUCCUUCAUGCUGUCGACGGCCGGCUUUACCUGUGUAGCGUUUGUGACUGGUGCUCUCGCUUGGUGGGGACCGAAAUUCAUUCACCUGGGCCUUAUAUCUCAACCGGGCAACGAACAUAUUACACUGAACGAGGUAUCGUUCAUAUUCGGCGCCAUUACAAUGACGACCGGCAUCAUCGGUGUGCCACUUGGAUCGUACCUGUCCACCCGCCUGAACCAGAAGUACGCAAAGGCCGACCCGUACAUCUGUGCGGCCGGUUUGCUACUGAGUGCGCCCCUGCUGAUCGGUGCGAUGAUCUUGGUGCGGGUGAAUAUUUACGCGACGUACGCACUAAUCUUUUUCGGCGAACUAGCCCUGAAUCUCAAUUGGGCGAUCGUGGCGGACAUUCUGCUGUACGUUGUGGUGCCAACGAGACGAUCGACCGCGGAAGCCUUCCAAAUUCUUAUCUCUCAUGCAUUCGGUGAUGCCGGCAGUCCUUACUUUGUGGGUUUGAUAUCGGAGGCAAUCAAGCGCGCGAUUCGUGUCAGCGCUGACGCACUGUCAUCGAAAACGUUCCUGAGCAUAGCGACGACACAAUCGAUUGCCGUACUAUCACAGUUGGCCGAAAAUGCUACCGUUGCUGCGACCGACAGUCCACACUCCGAACCGCUCAUUGACGAUGAUCCACCACUGAUCAAGUUCCGCGCCCUGCAGUACGCACUGUUUUCCACCUGUUUCGUGGAGAUCCUUGGUGGUGUGUUCUUCCUUAUCACAUCGAUCUACAUCGAUCGCGAUAGGGCGCGAGUGCAGGCAGUAAUACUAGGCUGUCAGCUAGAGCUGAGCGAGAGUUCCGCAUCGGACGGUAAUGGUACGGACGAUGGUCAACGAUCGCCCGCCGGUCCCGGUACUAGCGGUACCAAUGCUUUCCCGCCCUCAACCGUCGCUGCUUUCUAACGGCGGCAACAAGCGAGUGAGGUUAUCUAAUUGGUGGUGUCCUUC